CCGGUAUUUUCAUCAGUCCUAUCUCUGGCUGCUUCACUGAAUUCUCAGCUGAUAAGGGCUACAUCCCUGGACAGUUGCGCGUGCAAAUUAACGCGGUGUUGAGUCUCUUGUGGUCGGCAGCAUCGCUGAGGGGGUCGGGAAUAGCGGUAAUUAUCGGGGUUAGACACAGGUAACACUAUACGGCUCGGGGGCGUAAGGAAAGCCAGUGAUAUAAUUCCUGGCGCAGAAUUCCGUGUGGCUGUGAUUCUUCAGUACCAUGCGGUAGUGUGAAGUAGCACUUAGGAAAUCCAGGAUACUACCUGUUCUACCAUGUUGAUGCUGGGAUAUAUAGCGGUGUUGUGUGUCGUCGUGCACGUCCACUCUAGCAGACACCCAGACACUAAAGAUGAGUCUAUCCUACUUCAUACAUUGAAAAAGCGAGAUCUUGCUGACCAGAUUGGGCCCAUUCCAUACACACAGCAAGACGAACAUCAGACUCAACCUAUUUCAGAGGCUUCCCAUAACUCUGGGGACUCCUUCUACGGCCACACAGCCAUCCUGAACCCAAACCUAAACCAUAACCUAAAUCAGAGCGACCAGCAGUAUUAUGGGGCGCCUUAUUCCACACGUACCCCUUUGUACCGACAAUACACGCCAGAACUUGGUGGGGCAUCAGGAAGGGCGUCACGUGACUACUCCAGUUCCCAAAGCAGUCAGUCCGGCAGUCAGUCUGCCAGUCGCUCACCCACACGCACCCGGUCAACUGGCACCCAGACCUAUGGCAGCCAAGCCGGAAACCCAGGGGAACGCGUUGACCCGAAUGUUAGGGCCAAUAACCAGCGGACCAACAAUGAAGAUGAUGUUGAUGAUUCCCAAGGCAACCCUACCCGAACUGGUCAAAACCAGGGGACACAGACUGAUCCAAGAUACACGGGUUAUGUGUAUAACCCAUCGGGUUCGGGGGCUGCUACGGCAACAUAUAGCCCAACCGGAACACGGAGACAGACAUCAGGGCGCUCCACAAACACGGGGACGUAUUACAGCAACACUGGCGGCAGCGGGCCAACGGGAAGACGUCCUACUCUUGCUGCUAGUUAUCCGUUGGGUCCUAUACUCUCCACUGGCGGUGGGCAGCCGCUGGACAGGCGACAGAUGAAUACUGGGCAGCAGGUGUCCCGAGAGACGCCAGGCUACAGAACGUACACAGUUCAAGGGCAGCGACCGUUCUACUCCAGCAGGAAUCAGUACACAUAUAGCACAAGACAACAACAACCGUCAUAUACAGCUAGACAGCAACAGCCGAGCUAUACUAGUGGACAGCCUACAUAUACUGGUGGUCAGCCUACAUAUACUGGUGGUCAGCCUACAUAUACUGGUGGUCAGCCUACAUAUACUGGUGGUCAGCCUACAUAUACUGGUGGACAGCCUACAUAUACUGUUGGACAGCCGACCUAUACAGGAGGGCAACCCACUGGUCAGGGAUAUGUACCUUAUGGAUAUAAUCCAUCUGGACAACAGUAUCCAUACAAUCCUAAUCAAGGGAACUGCCCGGAAACUGGUAUCCGGAUGCGUAUCAAUGGUAUGGACUGUGCCAGGGCUGUCGACUUCUACGGGUCUUUUCUUUGCUAUCGACAUGAAUUCACAUCUAGGGAGUGCUGUGAGAAGUGUCGCCCACUUAAGAAUCCCUCCAAUGUUGGAUGCGAGUUUGGGGACCAUUCCUACCAGUGUCGUCAGAUACAGCCCCACGACUGUUACGACCUGAGGAACAGACAGAGUUGCUGCGAUACCUGUAACAGGCACAUGUCAGGAGAGACAGGGUGUGAGUAUGGCGACAUGACCCCGAGGUGUGAGAGGGUCACACAGAACCCCAGCCUGUGCUACAUCCCAGAGAACCAACGUCUCUGCUGCCACACGUGCACGAGAUUGCGGGGGAACGCCGAAAAUCAGGUUUGUCCAUGGGGUGACCAGAACGCCAACCUGUGCCGGCCGUUUGACCAGUACGGUGGGGUCCGUAUCAACUGCUAUGCUGAACAGAUACGAAGACUCUGCUGUCAGACCUGUGAACGACUCAGAGCCCGGAUGCCUAACAAUCUUGUCGGGUGUGAAUUCGGAGACCGUCCUGUUAUCUUCAACACGGGGGAGUUCGGCAGUUUGAACUGCACGUCAUUCUUCCGUCAUUUUCCUGUGGAACAGUGCGUGGUCAACCAAGCCGUCUCCAUCAACUGCUGCUUCACCUGUCACCGUUACCAGGGUGGGGGCAGGCAGGGUCGGGGCAGGCAAGGAGGGGUAGCAACCAGGGUGGGGCAGCAGGCAAGGAGGGGGUAG